AUGUGCUCAGGAUUCGGCAAGAUGCGUAUGUUCGAUAGCAAACAUGCAGCAGGAGCGCCAGACAGAGAGUGCGCAAACUACGCAUGCACGAAUUGCGUUGAAGACUGUCAAGAGCACAAGAAAAGGAUAGGUGGUUCGAUAGCAAACAUGCAGCAGGAGUGCCAGACAGAGAGUGCGCAAACUGGGCUCUUCGUGUGCGUGGAUUUUCGCGCAUUGUCUAGGGAUCGUCGGCUUCUGAGAAGCGAGAGCUUCUGGUGUUCGAUAGCAAACAUGCAGCAGGAGCGCCAGACAGGUGUGGAUGCGGAUGAAGACGUUUGUCUGUUGGGAUGA